AUGGCUCCGCGAUUCGCUUGGUUGGCUUUUGUGAUCACUUCGGGUGCCAUGAAAUGUGGCUCUCCCACCUGGGUCCAUCGGCCCAGGAAGCUAUGGCUGAUGGCACCUCACGAUCCACACAACGGUGGCCAGUACUCCCUGUUGCAGGCACAAAAUAAAGAGAUGGUGCUUGGCCGACGGUUGCUGGUAGUUUUAGCUGAGGAUACUCUUGAGCUGGACAUCAAGCGGGCCACCGGAAAUCAGCUUUUCACGGACAAGUUGACCUUCACUCCAACUUCCCUGGCACUCAACCAGCUUGUGGCAUCCAUGCUUGAUCAGUGUGCCAGUGAAGCACGACUUGAGUGUCUUGGAAGUCAAGGUGACACCCUCUCGCUUUGCACAGACAAGGAGGCUUGCAUUGUCAAGGACGUGGAGGUCAAGACCCCAAAGUUGCGACAGUCUCCUGCUCUGCUGGGUGAAGGAGUGGAUGUUGUCGAACAGCUCCAAGCUCUGGUGACCGUAGUGAUUGUGGGAGGCCCAGCUUCUCCAUGCAGCAGCCUGCAGGAGCGAUUGCUGGAACGAGAGGUUGAAAGUGAGAAUGAGAGGUUGGUGUACUGGGAAAGCAUUUUUGUCGUGCUCCCAUGUUUCUCUGGAUAUGCGGCACUCUUUGGACUCCAACAUGAGGUCAAGGUCCGGCUACGCAUAGCAGACGACAGCUCCCAAGCUUCUCAUCACUUCGGCGCAGCUGUGUCCUGUCUGUACCUGUUCUGUCUGAUUUUUCGGAUCGCACACAAGGUUGUCUUCUCCAGUUUGAAUCCUCGAGUACGUGUGCAUGUUGCUCUGUCUUGCAUGAUGGUGUCCAUGCUUGUGAUGUCAGUUGUUGUUCUGACGUUUGAAUGCUAUGACCUUUACUGGGUCAUCGUCUCAUAUUCUUUGGGUGGGGCUGCCAUCGGGUCCUUUGAAUCAAACCUACUGAAUUGCCUCACACCCUUUGGUCACGAAACGAAGAGAUUGGCAAUUCUCGGCAUUCCUUUAGGCGUAAACACCAUCCUAAUAGGAGGAUUCUUCAUCAUGGGUCCACCGCUCCAGGUCUCAGUGACCACGGUCUUCGCAGGCGUCGCAGCUCUGAAUCUGAUUGGAAUGAUCGUGUUUGCUGUGUGGAUUCCACCAAGAGGUGAAGCAGUGAAAGCUGGUGGAGUGAACGAGCUAGUUGCUGACUGCAAAGGAUGCAGGCACUGGCUCCCACUUCUUUGGCACUAUCCACUGGCUUUCGCCGUCAGGAUCUUAUUCCGAAACCAAGCGGAACAAACAGUGACCAAUAAAGACAAAUGA